GGAGCGCAGUUGUGAAGGCGGUCGUGGAUGCGGACAGAAGGUCGCACAUAUGCUCUCACAGCGCAGGAUUUUUCAGGAUUAUAACCGCUGCAAAGGACCCUCACUGCGCCUUUUGGAAAGACCAAUUCAUUGUGGAUAUACUUACCAGAAAGGAGUAUAAAGAGAGGAUUAGUAAAAAGGCCUGAGCAUCCAUAGUCAUGGAUGGGGUGAAGACGUGUGCCGUCUUUGCUUGCAUCUUCAUGCAGGUGGUUUCAGUUACCUCUGGAUUGUCACCACCAACAAUUACGUCCGACCAGAACGAGUUCAUUCUGCAGCCAAAUUCUAUCUUCAACAUAAGUUGCACCGGGGAAAAAAACGUGUUUUGGACCAAGCCAUUAGUGGAAAACACAUUCGAUCUUCCAGGAUACUACACUGCGACUCUCUACAUUUACAACGCAACUGUGGAGAACACUGGCUAUUACAUGUGCACAUACAAAAACCCGGAGACUGACGUGGACGAUGAACUCCUAGAUGAAGAUGAGGCGGGAAUAUAUGUCUUUGUGCCAGAUCCCCACAUCCUGUUUGUCCCAGAGACACCUGAUAACCUAAUUGUCUCCAUGGACCCGGAUGGGGUGGCUAUCUCCUGCCGUGUGUCUCACCCCAACUCUCCUGUCACCCUGAAGAGUGUCCUCAGUGGAAAGGAGAUGUCUGUCUUGUACGACAACAAGAUGGGUUUUUUUGGGACCCUGUCUGCUGGGCAGUACCAAUGUGAGACCACCGUCAACGGCCAGACGUUCAGGAGUGCAGUUUACACUGUGGAAGCUGAGGCCCAUGAGGAGGUGGUGGACUUUGACGUGGAAGUGAAAGCCAGUGAGGAGAGAAUGAGAGCUGGGCAACCUUUCAACAUAACCUGCAUCGCCCCAUCUGGAUUGGACUUUCAGCAGCAGUGGCUCCAUCCAAAAAAACAGGCUUUGAAUGCUACGCAGAUGAAGCACACUUUUCCUGAACGGGUUAUCUACAUCCUCAGUAUCCCACAAGCAUCCUCUCAGGACAGCGGCACUUACGAAUGCUCCAUCAAGCACAAAAUCAGUGGCGAAGUCAGGGUCAGCAGCGUGGCUGUAGCCGUCUUUGAGGAGAACUCCUUUGUUGCCCUGGACCACAGUGGGAUUCUGGCAACAGAGUUUGUCAGCAUUUUAGAGGAGACAGAGUUUACUAUCCUCAUUGAUGCAUAUCCGGUCCCCAAAGUCACAUGGGUGAAAGAUGGCACAGUCAUACCUGAGAAGUACUACAUCUUCACCAAAACUAGCCAUAUCGAAGGGAAUCGGUAUCAAAGCAUUCUUACUUUCCGGCAGCCUCUGGAGAAAGACAACGGAAAUUACACCAUCACCGUCCUCAGUGGCUCUCACACUGCUCACUUCUCCUUUCUCCUCCAAGUGAGAGCUCCCACUGGAGUGUUGAUCCCACCUUCCUCAGCCCCCCUGCUGCUGCCAGAUAUGGAUGAGAUGGUGGUGCCUCUGCACACUCCUUUCACCUUGACCUGCCGAGGAGAGGCCAAACUCAUGUGGGACACGCCACUCGAUGUGCCUAAGCAAUAUCAAGAGGACAACAGCGGCCUGUUUGUCACCACCAUCCAUGUGGUCAAUGCCACAGCGAUGCACACUGGAUACUACAGCUGCAUCUACAGUGGAAACACAACAGAUGAUGCAGAGUACAGCAGCAUAUACAUCUAUGUGCCAGAUCCUAAUGUUCCUUUUGUGCCAUCAUCGGUGCCUUUCGGCAACCAUGUCCUGCCCGACUAUGAGGAGAUGGAGAUCCAGUGUCGGGUGUCUGAUCCAAGUGCUAACGUGACACUGGUGAACAUUGACACCCAGCAGCCUGUACCUAGCUUGUAUGACAGCAAGAGAGGUGCAUUGGGGAUGUUCACUGCUGGAACCUAUGUCUGCGUGGCUGUUAUAAAUGGAGAGGAGCAUUACAGUGGGGAAUACAUUGUUCAUGGGUGGCAAGGUGAUGCAGCUUUGCAUGUUGAGCUGACAGCCAAAAAAACUGCUUUGCUGGUUGGAGACACAAUCACUGUCACCUGUCUGGCCCGAGGAUCCGAGAUUCUGGAAGAUCACUGGAAAUACCCAGGCAAACUGGCGAAUCGUGGUCUGAAAACCGUGCGUGAGAAUAAGAAGGAUAAAGAGAUCCUGUACACCCUGACAAUCCCACAAGCCUCAACCAAAGACAGUGGCAUCUACUCAUGUUCCAUCACUGACAUAAUGAGUAAUGAAAACCAGACAAAACAACUAGCAGUUCAAGUCUUCGCUGGUGAGUUUAUGUCCAUCCAUCCAGAGUUCAGAGAGUAUGAGUCUGCGGAGCUUGAUACAGUACGGGAGUUCAAGGCUAGGUUAAGUUCUUUUCCUGAUGCUCGUGUCACGUGGCUUAAAGACGGCAUCCCUCUCAGGGAUGUGACAGCUGAAAUCUCCACCAACCUACAGCAGAUCAAUGAGACCAGCUACUUGAGUGUUCUCACAUUAAUCCGGGCCAAGGAGGAGGACAGUGGAAACUACACCAUGCGAGUGCAGAACAGAAAUCAAAGCAGUGAUGUCAGCUUAAGCCUUGAAGUCAAAGUACCUGCUGUCAUCUUGGACUUGAUGGACAUCCACCACGGCUCAGCUACAGGCCAGUCUGUUGUGUGUAUCACCAGAGGGCAGCCCACUCCUGUGGUAGACUGGUUCAUUUGCAAGAACAUUAAACAUUGUGCCAAUGACUCAUCUUCUUGGGUCCCCCUCCCCACCAACUCUACAGAGAUUACAAUGGAUUCACACUUUGAUGAAGAUCUUAACCUGGAAAGCGAGGUUAUAUUUGGUCAUCUGGAAAGCACAGUGGCUGUACGGUGCCUGGCCAGGAAUGAAAUGGCCACCGUCAGCAGGGAGGUCAAACUGGUUUCAAAUGGCCCUCACCCUGAGCUGACUGUAGCAGCUGCUGUGCUAGUGCUCCUGGUCAUUGUCAUCAUCUCACUCAUUGUGUUGGUUGUUAUCUGGAAACAGAAACCACGGUAUGAGAUCCGCUGGAGGGUCAUAGAGUCUGUGAGUCCAGACGGCCAUGAGUACAUCUAUGUGGAUCCAAUGCAGCUUCCCUAUGACUCCAGAUGGGAAUUUCCCCGUGAUAGACUUGUCCUCGGUCGGAUCCUAGGCUCUGGAGCCUUUGGAAAAGUGGUUGAAGGCACCGCCUAUGGACUGAGCCGCUCUCAGCCGGUCAUGAAAGUGGCAGUGAAAAUGUUGAAACCAACAGCUCGCUCCAGUGAAAAACAGGCCCUGAUGUCUGAACUGAAGAUCAUGACUCAUCUUGGACCCCACCUCAACAUUGUAAACCUCCUGGGAGCAUGCACCAAGUCAGGUCCUAUUUACAUCAUCACUGAGUACUGCUUCUACGGCGACCUGGUCAACUAUCUGCACAAGAACAGGGAGAACUUCCUCAGCCUGAGCCCAGAGAAAAAUAAGAAAGAGCUGGAUAUCUUUGGAAUCAACCCUGCAGACGAGAGCAGCAGGAGUUAUGUGAUCCUCUCCUUUGAGAGUAAAGGAGACUACAUGGAUAUGAAGCAGGCUGACAACACUCAGUAUGUUCCCAUGCUGGAGAUGAGCAAUACCUCAAAGUACUCUGACAUUCAGAGAUCUAACUACGACCACCCACCCUCACAGAAAGGUUCAAGUGAAUGCGAAAUGGACAACUUGCUGUCAGAUGACAUGAAUGAAGGCCUCACAACCACUGACCUGCUUAGCUUUACUUACCAGGUGGCCAAAGGAAUGGAGUUUUUAGCAUCCAAAAAUUGUGUGCACCGGGACCUUGCAGCCAGGAAUGUUCUCCUCUCUCAGGGCAAGAUAGUGAAGAUCUGUGACUUUGGACUGGCCAGGGACAUCAUGCACGACAACAACUAUGUCUCCAAAGGGAGUACUUUCCUGCCAGUGAAGUGGAUGGCACCAGAAAGUAUUUUUGACAACCUGUACACCACGCUCAGUGAUGUGUGGUCAUACGGCAUCCUUCUCUGGGAGAUAUUUUCCUUAGGUGGCACACCUUACCCAGGGAUGGUGGUGGACUCCAGCUUCUACAACAAGAUCAAGAGUGGAUAUAGGAUGUCAAAACCAGAGCAUGCACCACAAGAUGUGUAUGAGAUGAUGAUGAGGUGCUGGAACAGUGAGCCGGAGAAAAGACCUUCUUUCAUGGGUCUGAGUGACACUGUAGCAUGCUUGCUGCCCUGCAGCUACAAGCGGCAUUAUGAAAGGGUAAAUCAUGAGUUCCUGAAGAGCGACCAUCCUGCUGUUACUCGGGUGUGCAUGGAAAAUGAUGCAGACUAUAUUGACAUUCCAUACAAGAACCAGGGAAAGCUAAAGGACAGGGAGAGUGGCUUUGAUGAGCAGCGACUGAGCUCCGACAGCGGCUACAUUAUUCCUCUCCCUGACCUGGACCCUAUAUCUGACGAAGAAUAUGGAAAGAGGAACAGACACAGCUCUCAAACAUCUGAAGAGAGUGCCAUUGAGACGGGGUCGAGCAGCUCCACCUAUGCCAAGCAGGAAGGUGAGACCCUGGAGGACAUCACCCUGCUAGAUGAAAUGUGUCUGGACUGUAGUGACCUGGCGGAAGACAGCUUUCUGUGACAGCUGCUCAGCCUUAGUGGGACAGCAGAGGGGGAAGGGGGUUGCAAGAACCUGGGAAACUAACAAAACACCUGUAAAUCAACCAAAGACUCUAGCCCCGCCACUUCUCCUCUCCGGCCACCCUUUACAAGGACAGAACAAAACCACUUCACGGUCUAAGCAAAUCUGUGGUGACGUGAGGUACGGCUAUCACCUCUCCCUGGACAGUGCCCUCUAUUGGGCUGGAGGAGUGGAUGAGCAUCGCUGAGAACGUGAUUCAAAGAAAGGACUCUAAGAGCUGCUGAGCCUUUCUGUCAGAGCUAUCCAGAUAACAAUGAUAAAAAGAUUAUUUUUCAUCUACAGAGCUUUAUUUUUAUUGGGCAUUCUUUUGACAGCAGUAUAAGCAAAAUAAAAAAAAAAAAAAAAAAAAAAA